GAUAGUUUGUGGUAGGAUUAGGACGAAAAACAGCGGUUCUGUAUAGAAUGUAUACAACUACGACCUAAAUAUCGUGAAAUGUUGGAUUUAAGGCUAGGUUUGGGGGUAGGAUUACGAUGAAAACAUCGCUCAUCCGGUGAGAUUUCACGAGAUUUUGGCCGUAGCUGUAUUCAUUCUAGCCACAACCACUCAUCCACUGCUGCUGCUCCUGCUACUGUGGAAAUGUUUCCCAAAACAAUCCGAAAAGUUUUGAUAUAAAAUGUCCACUCAAAACUUCCAGCGAGCAGAAGUCGAUGCUCAGGAAGAGCUCGCGGUAAAAGAGGAACUAAACAAGAAGAUCAAAGAACAAAAGAUUGUAGUCGACGAAUUGUCCAAUCUGAAGAAAAAUAGGAAAGUGUACAAGCAGCAGCCCAACAGCAAUAUAUUCUUCAUGGCAGACAAAGAAGAGGUUCUCAGCUCUUGUAAAAAGGAAUUGGACAUCAUGAGAAAGGACUAUCAAGAUAUAUAGGACUGUGUAAAAAUGUGUGGGAUCUGUUGUGUGGUCAGUUUGACCACGCUGCGAAAUCCACUCGAGGAGAGUGUGCGUGAAGAGCUUAAAAACAGAGG